UGAGAUCAGGGAGGGAAGGUUGUUAGCAGCAAUGUGGUUUCUUGGGUUACUUCAACUCCACUACUCUUUCGAGCAGUUAUAAAGAUUUGAGUUUUUAGUGCGCGGAGGCAGUCCUUGCUGUUCUGCAUCUUUACGGCCAGUCUAUUUUUGAAGCUUCUUCAUUGGUAUAAAUAGCAUGAAAAUUUCAUCUUGUCCACAUUGAAUUACUUGUACAUGUGCCAAAACUGCUUUCUUCAAAAUUGUAUUGCCCUAGUUUUGUUAAGCUUGCCGAGGUUGUACCAGCGAAUCCUACAAAGUACAAACAAUAUAGGAAUCCGGCCAUUUCCAGUUGGUUAUUCUCAUUUUGGCAGAUAGCAAACUGACUUUUUUCCGGUUAUCUGCUCACCAGGUGCUGAUUUACUUUUUAAUAGGAAAUGUACAAACAAAAUUAACCAAUGCAGACUUCAUUAGACUCUAACAGGCUCUUCAGUUCGUGUGGGUAUGAUGUGGAUAGGACGAAGCAACAGCAUGCUUACGGCCUUACGCCCAGUUGGUUCAUUCUCUUGCUCUUGUGGGAUAAAUUGUAAUAUUGUUCCUACUCCCUGAUCCCCAAAUCAGUGAGUAUGCUUCUGUGCACCUUCUCUCAUGAAGUGAUGGGACUGUUUCCAGCGACUGCAAAACGAUGGCAGCCUUGGCAUGCAGGGCAAUGGAAGAGCUGAGAGGUUCUCUCUACAAUGAAUUUCAUACUUCGGAAGGGGCUAAGCGACAGCAGCAGAGGUUUUGUGGCCCGGGUGUCGCGCUAACAUUCAACUUUGUGGUUUCUGUUGGGAUCAUCAUGGCAAACAAAAUGGUGAUGGGUAGUGUUGGGUUUAACUUCCCAGUUGCACUGUCUCUAAUUCAUUACAUAGCUGCCUGGGUCCUCAUGGCUGUCCUGAGGGCAUUAUACUUGAUGCCCAUCGCUCCUCCUUCAAAAUCCACUCCUUUCUCCUCAUUAUUCGCUUUGGGUGCUGUGAUGUCUUUUUCCACCGGACUUGCUAAUAUCAGCUUAAAGCAUAAUAGUGUAGGGUUUUAUCAAAUGGCUAAGAUAGCUGUAACUCCAACCAUAGUUGCAGCAGAAUUUAUUCUUCUCAGAAAAGGUGUUUCCUUUCGAAAGGUCAUCACACUAGUUAUAGUGUCAUUUGGUGUGGCUGUAGCAACUGUUACUGAUUUGGAGUUCAACUUUUUUGGUGCUUGUGUAGCAAUAGCUUGGAUCAUUCCUAGUGCUAUAAACAAGAUCCUGUGGUCAAAUCUGCAACAGAGUGGAAACUGGACUGCUCUUGCGUUGAUGUGGAAGACAACCCCAAUUACGAUAUUUUUCUUUCUUGUCCUGAUGCCUGUGAUGGAUCCUCCGGGAUUGUUGGCUUUCAACUGGAAUUUCAAUAACAGCUGUGCAAUUAUGAUAUCUGCUUUGCUUGGUUUUCUUCUUCAGUGGUCCGGUGCUUUGGCACUUGGUGCAACCUCGGCUCUAUCUCAUGUUGUGCUAGGACAAUUCAAGACUAUUGUCAUAAUGCUCUCUGGGUUUCUGGUAUUUAAAUCUGAUCCUGGACUCACCAGUCUUUAUGGAGCUGUCAUUGCACUAGGAGGCAUGUCAGUCUACACUUACCUAGGGCUAAAAGAGUCAACCACCGGUGGUAAGAGAAUUCCAUCAACAUCUAGGCAGAGUUCUCUCUCAUUGAAGUCCAAGGUUAUAAUAGAUGGAGAAAAGCCAGAAACAAGACCUGUUGACUCUGUCUAAGUUGAAGAAUUGUCAUUUGGACUGCAUUUGUUGAGUUCCAUGCACCAACUUCUUCACCUGAGCUUAACCUUAUUGAGGAAAGACAGUCAAUCUGUAUGCAAGUAGCAUUCUUAAGAGCAUGCUCUCUUUUUCCCCUCUUGUUCUUCCUAGAAUGCUAUGAUUGUGUUUUAGGAAAUUUUAGUAAGCUGUUGUUCUCCGUUCACCAUACUCUUAACAUAGAAAUAGCUGUCAUUCUCCAGUGUUAGCAAUUUUGGUCAACAGGUGUAUUUUUUGGUUGUGCCAUUUACCUUGUGGAUCUUUGCAAUUUCAGAAAAUAGAUGACAUGCUGCUAACAGUA